AUGCCUUCCCGUGCAGCACCUUUACCUCAACAACAGGUAAUGCCACAAUAUGCUGGUGGAGAUAACAAUUACAACAGCAAUAUGAGCAAUGUUCCUCCUCCCCAAAUACCAAUUCAACAACCUAUUGUGCAACAUUAUCAGCCUCAACAACAGCAACAGAUAUAUCGCCAGCCACCACAGCAAAUCGCGAUGGCUCCUCCGCCUCUUAUGGGACAACAGCAAAAUUAUCCUCAUCCGAGACAGCCGACAGAGCCUGUAUUCUUCGUUACUGACCAGCAACAGAAUCGAAUGAUGGGACAGUUUCCAAAACAAGAACGCCAACGGCAACCCUUACACAUUGAACCUCCACAUUAA